AUGGCAUCAUCCCUUACUCGCUCAGCUCCCCGGUCUUUGACAGCUCUGAACUUUUCCCUUCGCGCUACUCGUCCCUCUACCUCCCCCUUCCUCCGCCGAGGACUUGCAACAGCCACCGAGGAGCAACCACGGUUACGGUUAGGAAGCAUAGCCCCCAAUUUCUCCGCCAAAACUACACAGGGUGAUAUUGACUUCCACUCAUGGCUCGGCGGAAAGUGGGCCAUCUUAUUCUCUCACCCAGCAGACUUCACCCCAGUCUGCACCACGGAGCUUGGAGCUUUUGCGAAACUGAAGCCCGAGUUUGACAGAAGAGGUGUGAAGAUGAUUGGACUCUCCGUCAACGACCUCUCUUCCCACGGCCGCUGGAUUGCCGACAUUAACGAGACAUCCAAGACCAAGUUGCAGUUCCCCAUAAUCGCAGAUGCCGAUCGCAAGAUAGCAUAUACAUACGACAUGGUUGACGCCCAAGACGUGACGAACAAAGACGAGAAGGGUAUCGCGUUUACUAUAAGGAGCGUCUUUGUGAUCGAUCCCCAGAAGAAGAUUAGGUUGACAAUGAUGUACCCGGCCAGCACGGGCAGGAAUACAAGUGAAGUACUACGGGUGAUCGAUUCGUUGCAAACUGGCGAUGGGAAGGGUGUCACGACACCAAUUGACUGGAUACCUGGCGAUGAUGUUAUUGUACCGCCAAGCGUAUCCACGGAGGAUGCGAGGAAGAAAUUUGGGGAGGUUAGGGUAGUGAAGCCAUACUUGCGGUUUACGAAUGUUGGAAAGUAA